AUGUCCUUCGUCUGGUCAGAUCGUCGAACUCCCGAACCAACGACGUUGACGGCAAGUCUUGUUCACCUACUAUUUCUCCCUAUCAUAACUUUGGCUUUAGCUGGCAAGGUGGUUGAGCUACCUGUUUCCCUCCCCACAUCCGCUCUCAAAUUUGAAGCGAGCACGCGAUAUGGGCUGGAAUCGGAUGAGGAAUGGCACACUAUCAUGCCGCGAGGAAAGGGCUUUGUGCGCUUGGGACCAAAUACUCUUCCAUUCGAAGUUUCCCUUUAUCACCAAAUCCAUUGUCUCGAGCACCUUCGUCGCACCUUCGUCGAUAGUUCUUGCUUGGAUGAUGAUGAAUCGGCUGCCUGGCAUACCCACCAUUGCCUCAACUAUCUUCAUCAGGCAAUCAUCUGCAACGCAGACACUACUCUUGAGCCGUCUUAUGUUCUGGAGUUGCAGAACGGUCGAAAAGUCCCCGCGGCGUCAGGAAUCGAUGUUGUCCAUAGAUGUCGCGAUUGGGAGAAACUGAGAAAUGUUUUAGAGGACAACUACGAUAGAUACUCGCAUGUACCUGUUUCUGCCUGA